AGAGAGGAGAGAAGGGUGGGGGGAAGUGAGAAAGAAAGAGAAGGAGGGAGGGAGAGAAAGAGAGAGAGAAACAGAGCAGGGUCUGUUGACCACAGAGGCUGGUUGAUCUUUCCUCUGUCCUUCAUCCGUGGCCAAACGGCGCUGACUUCCUCCAUUCUCUCUCACCAAAGAACAGAAAGACGGAAGGAGAAAGAAGAAAAGCGGAAACGGUUUCACAGUGGCUUCCGGGAACGCAGGGGCGAGCUGAAGCCCUGGAGCUAUUACUGCUGGAUGGGCAAGUGCUGACAAAACAAGGCGAGGGAGGGACACUCGAGAGACACAGACGCCUGCAGAUCUGAGAUUCCUCCUUUUUUACAGAGACCUUGCCCUCUUAAUCGACGGUUGAAUCCCAUGGUCUUCAUUGAAACUGACGUAGGAGAGUACGUGGAAGCGAGAAGAUCCAAGCCUGUGUUUCCCAACAGGACAGAAAGGGUGUGUGUGCAUGUGUGUUUGUAUGUGAGAGAGAUAGAGGGGACUUCCUUGAACUUUGAUCCUUCAUAGGGAGGGCUGAAAGAGAACUCUGUUUAUCAUUAGCAGGCUUCGUCUCUUUAUAGAUUUAUUGGAACCGGAUUGUUGUAGUAGUUCUGGACAUGUGUGCUUUAUUUUUUAAGAUUUAACUUUAGACAUUCAUGAGCAAAAACUCAUUUUCGGGUUAUAAUAUAGUUUUUUUUUUUUUUUUUUUUCUGUGCUCUUUUUAAAAUAGUGGGAAGAGAGUUCGUCUACUCUACAAAACACACAGCAAGAACAGGUUUGACUUGUUAGUGACCUGUGGGCAGGGCAACUGUCUCAUGCACAAGCGGCACAAGGUUUUCAAUGCUCGCUAGCUGAGAUGAGGCAUUUCAGUUCUUCUUAAGAGGCGCUUUACUUUUGCCCCAGUUUCGGAGUCGCGGGGCUGUGCAUGUUUAUGUGUAAUUUAUAGUUUCCUGUAAAAGGGGCAGGCUGUAUGUUACUCACUCUUGACUGAACUCUGAACCGCUUGGUGAAGCAGACGUUCUUCAAGAGUCCUGGAGGACUACUUUUAAGUUACACAGAGUGACUUUUAAGAUCAGUAGGACUACAGAAAACAGAAGCUGACCAACCGUCUCUCUGAAGGGGUGAUUUAUGAAAAGGGCCCUCAGAUUCUGGCCGUGUAAACGUUUGAGGAGCUAGCAUCACUGUUUACUUUUUUCCUACCAGACUCAAGAAGCUUAAGGUAAAUGUCUGCAGUGUGAACUCUCACGCAUAGUGUCAGGCAAGUCUGAAUACUCACGACUGGGAGAGGAUUUUGUGAAAAAAAGCCCUGGUGGUGCACACAGCGAUGGCCAUGGUGGGUGGGGGAUGGGGCAACCCUAAUGGGAGCACCAAUGGCCUGGGGGAGAAGGGCUACCUGCGGGGGGAGGAGGACGAAAGCUCUCCCCAGGCAGGGAACAGCGAUGCCGAGGGUGGAGAGGAUGACAAGGCCUGCGUGGUGGACUGUGUGGUGUGCGGCGACAAGUCCAGCGGGAAGCACUACGGCGUCUUCACCUGCGAGGGCUGCAAGAGCUUCUUCAAGAGGAGCAUCCGUCGCAACCUCAGCUACACAUGCAGAUCAAAUCGAGAAUGUCAGAUUGACCAGCAUCAUCGUAACCAGUGUCAGUACUGCCGUCUGAAGAAAUGCUUUCGUGUGGGAAUGAGAAAAGAAGCAGUCCAGCGUGGACGCAUUCCUCCAUCACACUCAGGGAUCAGCCCAACCUCCAUGGUCUCAGCUGGUGGAGGUGGCCCAGGAGGACCAGGCAUGGCAGGUGACUUUUUCAACGGUCAGCCAGCACCUGAGCUUAUCUCCCAGCUCCUGCGAGCUGAACCCUACCCCAGCAGCCGUUACGGAGCUCAGUGUGGUCAACAGUUGCCUGGAGGCCACGGGUCUGUCAUGGGCAUCGACAGUAUUUGUGAGUUGGCUGCCCGACUCCUGUUCAGCACCAUCGAGUGGGCCCGGAACAUUCCCUUCUUCCCCGACUUACCCGUCUCGGAACAAGUGGCCCUGCUGCGCCUCAGCUGGAGUGAACUGUUCAUCCUGAAUGCAGCACAAUCGGCCCUGCCACUACAUAUGGCCCCCCUGCUGGCUGCUGCUGGCUUCCAUGCUUCCCCCAUGUCCGCUGAGCGUGUGGUCUCCUUCAUGGACCAGGUUCGAGUCUUCCAGGACCAGGUGGAUAAGCUCACACGACUACAGGUGGACUCUGCUGAAUAUAGCUGCCUCAAAGCCAUAGCUCUCUUCUCGCCAGAUGCAUGUGGACUGACAGACCCAGCCCAUGUGGAGAGUCUGCAGGAGAAGGCUCAGGUGGCUCUGACCGAAUACGAACGCAUGCAGUAUCCAACUCAACCACAGCGCUUCGGUCGCCUCCUUCUUCGCCUGCCCUCACUGAGAGCUGUCCCCGCAAACCUCAUAUCUCAGCUCUUCUUCAUGCGACUGGUGGGCAAGACGCCCAUCGAGACACUCAUUCGAGACAUGCAGCUCUCUGGCAGCUCCAUCAGCUGGCCUUAUGUGCCUGGACAGUAGCUGGGUCAUGGAAACCCUGUGAGCAGACGACAGUCAGCCACUCAAACCUUUGACUUUCAUGUUCUGUGUGGGCUUAUAGGAUUGUGAUAUGUAAUUUCCUUUUAGUUGCUGCCAGAAUAUUCAUGUUGUGUUGCAGCAUCUCAUUGCUCAUUAGUGUACAUGGAGAAGGAUGGCCAAUGCUCAAAAUGCUGUCACAUGUCCUUGGGCAGAUGAAUAGCGUCACUUGAUUUUGGGAUACCUCAGGUUUUUUACGUAAAUAGCAGAACUUAUAGAGGUGACUCUAUUGUAAAUGCAUAAGCACAGUGACAGAUCGUUGACAAAAACUAUGACUAGUAAAAGAAAAGACAAUACAUUUCAGGCAUUGUAUUCAGAGAUGAAUAUCUCAACGCUGUGAUUACAUGACUGAUCCAGGUCCAGCUUUAACCAAUUACAGGAACGUUCCUGCUAUACCUAAGAAUAAUUACUGUUUCAAUUAUAACAAUUGAUUAUGUAGUUUAGAAAAUUAACCUACUCAUGAAGGUAUUGCCAUGGACUGCAGUGCUACGUACUUGAGAAAUCAGUGGUGAUGUAUUGUAAAAUGUGAUGGUCACAUUGUUUAAAAAAGCUCUGUGUACUCUUACUUAAUUGGGUCCAAAAUUUUUUUCAUAUCUUCGGCCAUGAAAAAUAUUUUUGCAUACGAAUAAUUAAAAACCAUUCAUCCAAACACGUUCUGUGCUGAAAGUUUGACUAGACUGGAUUUUAUUCUUUGAUUUCUGGAUUUCAGGAAAACCCUGAAAUUGGUACUGAGGGAAAUUUUGGGCGGAUGUUUUUGAUAAGCUAAUUGACAUGCAGACACUUGAGAUACAGUAUUAUAUUUUUCAUGCCUUUCAAUUGAGGUAUAUAUUAUUCUUAAGCAUUUUUAUAUGUAUGAUCAAAAUGUAAAAAAAUAAUUUAUUUAGAGUUAGAGUUUAUUUGCUUAUUUGUAGUAUUUAAAAGUACCAGCUUCUAAAAAUGUACUGGUCAGAUUGCAGAGUGCAUAAAAUUUCAUAGUCAUAUUUUGAAUGUGGCUGCACUUUACAUGGAAAUCAACUUAGAUUGAAUGCAGCAUCAAAUACUUACUGUUUUCAGUUGUGCUCUUGCUGUCUUACACUAACAUUUUCUCUUAAUAUUUCUGUCACCUUUAAUAAGGUUGUACCACCUUAUUAUUUAGCAGAACCAUUCACAUCACAUGACCAUAAUCUUUAAUCAGAAUCCGCUAAGAAGAUGUUAUGAUCUCAUGUAAUUUUGACUUCGCUGCAGUGGCAAAACGGUGGAACUUACAGUUCAUCAGUGGGAGUAAAAUUAUUUACACUUCAGAUAUAGCUCUUAGCUUUAUUGAAAACAUAUAUUAUGUCGUAAACUAAAUUGUAUACAUAAAACCCAAAGAAACCGCAUUACGUUUUGUUGCCAGGUCUUUAGCACAAACAUUUUUAGCAUGUUGGGUCUUUAACCAGUUAGCGUAAAUCUUUAUAUUAGUAGAUAGACCAUAAAUGAUCAUUCCAUUGUAAUUCUUGCUAGAAGCAAAGAUGCUGUUCUUGACAAGAUAUUUUCAUUCCAUUGUGCUGCAAGUGACCAUUUAUGUGAUUUAGGUCAUUCUGCAUUUGACUUGCCUAAGUAGCUCAGAAUUAAGGCAUUUUCUACCUCCACAAUACAGUCUGAAAAAUCUAUAAAGCUUGGGUCUUUUGUUACCAACUACCAAGCCAUGUAACUGUGUUCAGUGCUGUAUGUUUUUCUCCAUAAAGCAGCAAUCUGUACAGACAGUGUUAUAGAUUUGACAAGCGAACAUGCCUGUAGGUUGAUUGAUCUAGUGUUAGGGUUAUGGUUACGCAUCCCAGGAUUAGAGUUAGGUUUAACCCCAGCACCAGGGUUUGCACUAGAGUUAACCUGAGUUGAACCUGACCCAAACUUUAACUAUAUUUAACCCUAACUCUAACUGGCUCUAAAGUUAAUACUGGGAUAUUCAGUCUGACUCAUUUAAAGGUAAGAAAUACUGCUUUGUUUACUGCUGAGGCUUUAUGCAGCCAUGUUGUUUGGACAAGACUUGUUGAACUCAGAGUUAAGGAGACCAUGCUGAUUUCCCAGUUAUCAGUUGACGGGUAUUUUCUUUGUAGCAUUAUCUACACACCCUUGAGAGUAUUGUGGGAUUAAAAGCUCUAGUAAAAAACGACAUAUAGUGUUAUAGCUGACACUCAAAUUUAAUUAGGUAUUCAUUUUCUGGUGCCAUGGGCUGAUCCCCUUCAAAAAAGAAUUAAUACAGUGGAAUUGAAUGGAUGGGCAACCAUAUACUUGACUACUAUAUUCUGACAUCAUAAUGGAACUGGAAGUUUAGAUUAAUUGCACCUGACCUCUUUAUUGUAAGUAUUUUUAAUCCUUACUUAACCUGCCUGUUACUGGGUUUUGAUAGGAAGAUUUCUUCAAGACAGUUACAGCUCACAUGGCCACAACACCAGGUUUGUUGACUCACAUACUACAUUGUAUUAAGACUCCAGGGCAUAGGGCAUAGAAGAUUUCAAAAAACAGCAGGUGAUUAUGUUUAACAGCACUUUUAUAAUAAUGUUUUUCAUUUUCAUUCUACUGUGGAAACUUUUUUGUUUGAUAAUUAAUGCAUCACAGCUAUUAUUGCAAUGCUCAUACCCAGGUACAUGAUCCUGAGGAUUGAAAACAGCAAGCAAGCAGUCUAAUUUAGAAUUGUUUCCAUUCUGUUUUAAUCUCAGUGGCAUCGGACAUAUCAUUACAUUCCAGUGCACUGCUAUGGUAUGAUAAAUAGGUGCAUUCUUACAAUAAGGUUUCCUUUUGCACCAUUGGAUGUGGUUUUGCCAAUUUAACAGUGAAUGUUUGAAUUUUUGGAAUUUUUAUCCUUUUCUUCUGGCAGAAUGACAUAAUGAUACAUGGAAACCUGAUUCAGUUAACUCGCUUAAAUAACUUCGUUAAAGAAUUAGUUUGGGGUUUGACACCACUUUCUAUUACUAAUAUCUGAACAUUGGAUGAUAUUUUGGUUCUUUUUCUUUUUCUUCAGUCUAAAAAUAACGUUUGCAAUAAAUUUGUGCUUACACUCCCAGAACACUUUAUUAGGAACACCUGUACACCUGUAUGCUGAAGCAUAAAAUCCUUCAGAUAUGGGCCAGCAACUUCAGGCAAGUGAAUGUGGCAUGAUUGCUGGUGCCAGAUGUGCUGGUUUGAGUAUCUCUGACUACCACUCUAUACAGCUGUGGUGAACAGAAAAGCAUCUCAGAAUGCUCAACACGUUAAACCUUGACAAGGCAGAUGAACUACAACAGGAGAAGACCAUGCUGGGUUCCACUUCUGUCAGCCAAGAACAGAAAGCUGAGGCUGCAGUGGGCACAGAAUCAAAACAUCCCAUCUGGUACCAAAAACCAUGCUAUGGUUAAAGCAACAGAAAUCACAAUUUUUGUCAGUCUGAUAUUUAAUGUGAACAAUCACUGAAGCUCUUGACCUGUAUCUGCAUGAAUAAUUGCAUUGUGAUGUGCCUCAUGAUCCAUGGCAAUCAGUAAUUAAUCAUUUGUUCUAAAAUAAUGGUAUGAAAUUAAUUCUAAGAUGGCAACCAACUGCCUUAUGUAUGUGAAAAUGGACUUUACUGUGUGGGUGCAGAGCAGGAAGUGGACUUGUGUUGAUAUGCAUGGAUACCGCCUGAGGUGUUGCAGCUUGUGUAACUGUCAUAAAACUGUAUUACUUUCUCAAUGGAAACAGAAAACUUUAGACAAGUUAAAUGGAUGUUAUGAAAAUAAAAAAGACAUCUUUUACUAUCAGCACUUCAGGCAACACUACAUAGGUUCAUGAGCUCCUAUGUUUAUGCCAAAAGAAAAGUUCUCACAGUUGACUUCUGUGCAGCAAAUGGCAUGGCUUCAAGGGAGAAACCUUCUUUUCUGGAGAUGUUCUUUCAUUUACCUGGUUAAGAUGGUGAUGAUGAUGAUGGUGAUGAUGAUGAUAGUCUCUUUGAAGUUGCUCUGUUUCUAGUGUUGUAAAGUAUGUUAAGUGUUGGGGUCAGAUCUGGCAAGAAACCUGCCAGCUCAUCACACCCAUAAGUGAGAGAUUCAAUUUAUUAGUAUGUGACCUUGCCUAGGUUCUUGAGCUGUUGCCUUUUGGAUUUCCUGUUACUUCCUAGUAUGGAAGUUUAUAUUGUAUGUAUAGAUCUCUGCCUCUGACCUUGAUGCUGAAUCCAGAUUACCCUUUAUUAUUGUUCAGAGCUUCACUUGUGUAUGACCUGGUACUGUUUUUGACUAAGAUUCUUUUUAAUCUUAAUUGUGUCUUUCAAUAAUCUCUGACACACUAUUUUUGUUUCACUUUGUUACAGCAGAUUGUACAUUGCUAUAGACCCUGAUAACAGUUUUUGUAUUUUGCUUAAUAAAAUUAGGCUAUGGCUGUAGUAUUGUCAAAAACAUAGUUCUCCAUAGUUCUACUAAAUCCACCUGCUAAAGAUUUUCACCCUGGUGGUAGUAGGAGUAUUCGUAGUAGUCUGGUAUUAACUCAAAUUAUUAAUCAUAUUCAUCUUAAAAUAUUAAGGAAGUCUAAAUGAAACACCUCAGUUUUAUUGGUUGGAGAAACAUUUUUUAAUUAAAGACAUGACAUGAAUUUUUAUACAAAAAUGUCAUUUUUUAUAGUAAAAAGUACCUAAAAUCUAUUACCAUGGCGAAAAAUAAUAAAUAUUAUUAUACUACAUACAUACAAGUCCAUAUUAUUAUUAGUAACUAUUAAUAAUAAGGCUAAAACAAAUAUGCCCAUUUUCUUUAUUUGACUUAAUAUAAUUCUGACUAUCAUUAGGUCGCUGAGGAGUUAGUCACAUCUUGGUUGGACUCCAGUCACAGCUGCCGUGACGUCCUGUUUUGCUUACAGCCACGGAUGCGCUUCGGAUCUGAUGGUAACUUUGGAAUCGGACAUCCCUUGAGUAAAACAGUGCCAGGUCCAAUGAACCGGAUAUCUGCCCCAUUUCGAUAUUGUGGCUGCAGGAGGACUUCGGUUGAUAACACACCCUCUUCCCUCCUGUGUGGUAGACGGAAUAAUUUCACCUCUUCCUUCUUUGAAAAUCUGUCUCUGAUAAGCUGGCUUAGACCUGGUCUCUGUGAUUGAGGAUCUGAAAUUCAAAGGAAGAAACACUGAAACUCAUGCAUUUGAACUUUUACCUUACAACAUUUAAAUAAUAGCAUUUUCCCCUCUUGCUGGCAACCCUAAACAUUAUUUAAGUAGCUGCAAUCCAAUUGGAAAGAUAUUCUUAAAUUGCUCUCACUGUCCAGGAACUUUCUCUUUGCCUUUGACCAUGUUCUGCUGUCUUUAGGGUUACAGUAUAAGCAGUUGCUAAUUUUAAUUUAAGGGUGCCUUGACUUUAUUUAUGAAUUAAAAUUAUUUUAAAAAAUUGUCUUACCAAUUGGAGGAAGUUUAACUUUCUCUAUUGUUCUUGGUAAACCUUUCGAAACUUGACUAUCUGGCCUUCUUCUGUGCUUUGGCAAUAUUGGAGGAAAGUAGACUUCCUUCUCCGAUCUUGGUGGUUUUCUCACACUUUUUCUCAAUGAUUCUAUUCCCACUUUCUCAAGCGACUGUCGUCUGGGCAGUAAACGGCAGGGCUUCACAGGAGAAACCUUCUUGACUGUAGACGCUGAAGUUCUUGUCUGCUGUGACAGUCGCCUCACUUCCUUAUGCACACGCACUUUACUGCAAAGGUCUGAGGGAGACCCUGAAGUUGAAGGGCUUCCUGCACACAGAGAAGGCAAUCUCACUUAAAAAUAACUUACUGGGUGUUUGGAACAUUGAAUACAAGUUGAAUACAAUAAUGCUUAAAACCUUUCCCGUUCACUUACUUGGAUAAGAUGGUGAGGAUAAUGAUGAUGAUGAUGAUGAUAAUGAUGAUGAUGAUGACAGUCUCUUUAGAGGCAAAGUUGGUCUGGUUCGUGUCAUAAUAUCCUCAGAAGAACUCUCUGAAGACACCUUGCGAGGUAGCACUGGUGAAAGAUGACAAAAUGCACAAGAUGACAAAGUUGUAUAGAUUCAUCUAGCCCUUGUCAAACCACAAAUAAAAUAAAAUUAUUUAGAAGUCUGAAGACCUAGAUUUAUCUAGCAGAAAAUAGGAUGUAAAUAAUGUUUAAAAUACAUAUGUAAAGUAUGUUAAUUGUUGGGGUCAGAUAUGGCUGGAAAUUUGCCAGCUCAUCACACACAUAAGUAAGAGAUUCAAUUAAUUAGUAUGGCAUUUUAGUGCUAUACAAGUUCCUCCUCUAAAACCCAAAUCUUUCAUGCAUCAUCAAUAUAAAAAUAUUUUAUCUAAAAUUCUUUGAGUUCCUGCCUAUUGAUUGACCUUGCCUAGUUCCUCUGUUGCCUUUUGGAUUUCCUGUUACUUCCUAGUUUGGAAGUUUCUAUUUCAUGUAUAGAUCUCUGCCUCUGCCCUUGAUGUUGAGUAUAAAUUACCCUUAAUUAUUAUUCAGUGAUUCACUUGUGUAUGACUUGGAACUAUUUUUUGACUAAGACUAUUUUUAAUCUGUGUCAAUAACUUCUUACAUGCUAUUUUUGUUUUACUUUGGUACAACACCCUUGCUAUGGACCCUGAUAAUGGUAUUUGUAUUUUGCUGAAUGAACAUCACCAAAUCAAAUACAGUGUUUUUCUGCUAUCAAUGUACCUUUGUCCAGUGGAGCAUCCUGUAGUAUUUUGUCAGUCACUUCAUAGGACAUCAGACCAUGAUCCUGUAGAGAUGAUGACUUCACCAAUGACACAGAUUCUUUCUUCUGGUCACAGAUUUCACCAUCACUCUUAGAAACUUUGGUCUUGCGAACUUGUCUUUUUAAAGCUGUUGGUGAGCUUAUCUUGGGCUGAGAUGGUGGCCUGGGUAGAUGUUCAUCUGAAAUGAUAGGAGAGGAUAUAGAUUUAUAGACUCCAUUAUCUGCUGAUUCUUUAUCACUCAACAGAGCAUCUUCUGAAAAACAACAAUUGAGCAUUAGUUCUGAAUGUUCAUGCAUUUACUAGGUCAGUUUUUUUUUAAAUAAUUGAUUGUAGUUUUCUGUAAAUUACAUGUAAUUUUCCUCUUCUGAAAAUAGUAAAACCUUUCAUACAUCAUCAGACAAAAAGCCCAUCAAAGUUAAUUUUGAUUUCAUGUACCUUCUUAAAUUUAUUUGAUGUUUUAUGUAAUAUUCUUUGUAUUGUCAAAUUUUGAUUAUGUAUUCUGUUAUUGUGAAUAUACAUUGUUCCCUGUUAUGGACCCUGAUGAUGAACAAAACCACUAGUUUCAAUAAAACUGUCUUCUUGAGAUUGU